AUCUUCUUUCGUUUUCACACAGUCCUCAUUGAAAUAAAGUAGAGAGGAAUAUUAUUGUUAUUUUAAAACAUUGUAGUCUUUAAUUUUGCUGUUGGUAGUGAAAUUGUUUAAAUUUUCAGCAUGGAUGACGAUUUUAUAAAUACCAGUGGGGAAACUUUUGAGGAUUUAUCUAAUGUAGGGCUAGAUCUUGUAAAUUCCGCGAGUUUGGUGGAGUUCGCUGAAACUGAAUUAAUUUCAAAAAGAGAGGUAAUGAUAAUGUCAUUUUCAUUUGUUCAUAAUAAAUUAUGCCGGGUUAUGCCAUAAUGAUAAUGCACUCGACUUUAGAAUUGGAAUAUUUAUACACUUAAUUCAACUUUUCCAAACUUACUUAAUACUUUUACUUAGUAGUAUUACCAACUUAAUUUAGUUGAGAUGAGUAAUUAGCUGGCAAUUUUCUGACUGCAGGGGUGGCUCUUUACUCUUUUUAUUAAUUUAACAAUACAAUUUUAAAUAAUUUAUAAAAAUAAAAUGGGUCCACUCUAGUAGUCUUCACUACAAAAGGUUGCAGGCCCCUGCCUUAGUCACAGUUAGCUAUCUUUGACAAAGUGAUUGCGCAGCAUGGUCCACCGUAACCAUGGUGCUAUAAAUGAAGGGGAAAAAGGGUCACCACAACUAAAUAAUUAAUUAACUUAGUCAAACCAAAUUAAUUUCCAAAAUUUCAUUUUUAUUUUAUUGGCAUUUUAAAUUGAAUAUGGCAUGAAAUUCAGAUAAAACUCUUCUCCACAUCCCUUAAUAAUAGUAAUAAAGACAUAUUGAAGGUACCAUGUCAUACUCAUGUCCAUGUCCAUAGGCUAAUCACUUACAGUAAGUUACAGGCUUGGGCUUAAGACUUGAGUAUAGAGUGUACCCAGAGAGUGUACUAAAUAUCAGACUACUUUUAAGUUAAGGGACUUUCAAUCUAACUAAACUACAUGGAUCUUUGAUUAACAGAUCAUAUACUUGAGGGCGGCUAAAAAUCUUUGAUUAACAGAUCAUAUACUUGAGGGCGGCUUACCAGCCCGUUCGCUGGAUCUAUCACAAUUUAACUUAUUUCUUCUUUCAAUUCAUGAUUAUUUUCAUUCUUCGCACUUUGAAAUAUAUAUACAACCCUUUUUUAUGACGGUAUGCACCAUUUUGGUGUACUAGCCCCUCUUUUGGGACUGAUUUAAAAAAAAAAAAGGUUUAAUUAGUAAUCUUAAAUAAAAAAUUUAAAACAAUAUAGAUAACUAUUUAGUGAAUAUUUAAAGGAUUCAUACAAACACAGCUAGGUAAAUGGAACCUAAAUUUUCAGUAGCAUUUAUUCGCUUUUGUUCGAUUAAGUGUAUAUUGAUGCAAAACUAAAUUCAGGUAAGAGCCGAAAUGCAUUUUCAAUUUAUGAAAAAUUUUGGGGGAAAGGCCCCUUCCCUUUCGCUCUGGAAUCUUGGGUGACUGGCCACAAUUUCAGUUCCACCAACUCACUUUCAUUGAUCCAAAUUACAAUGAUGGUGACCUAUUUAUUUACAAUAAACUAAAACACCGAAUAGGCCUACAGAUAUACUAAAUAAAGUGUAAUAUUUCUAUUUUAAGCUAUACAAUUUAUUUAUGCGUGAGGCAGCACAAUAGAUUUUUUAUCAUCUGAGAAUCAUGUGCAUUAAGAAUAAAUAAAUAAUGUUUAUUUGGGAUUUAAAUUUACGUUUAAUGACAUGCUGCCCACAAAGAUUUGCUCGCUAUCAAAAUGGCCAGUGAACCCAUUUGUGUUGGUCAUCCCUUAUGUUACUGUAUUUAUGUAGUGAAAUUUCAAAUCGGAAGUAAAAAAAUUGAUGUUAGCAUAUUAACAAAUAUAUUUCUUAACAACUGCUUUGGUGCAGUGUGUAGAAAAAAAUUCCAGGCUUUUUAUCUUAAUUUAUACAGAAAGUUAAAAUCUAAACAAUUUUUUUUUAUGUACCAAUUUUUUAUCCAUAACUUUUUGUAAUUAUGGAACUAUAAUCAUAACUAAUUAUCAAAAUUUGUUGGACGAUAUGACCACAAUGUUAUUUGAAGAUUCACUGAUUAAAAAACUAAAAUUAUUUUUAUUUCUAAUGCAAAAUUUCAUCCUCUAAAAUUUUAUCAUAAUCAUAAAAUUCUGUACACUGAGAGUAUUUCAUGAUUAUAAACAACUUUCAUUUCAGGUUGAAUUAAUGACUGAAGGUGUUCGACCAGCAACUACCGAAGAACUUGUUGGGAUGUUACAACAGGCUGGCACUGAGCUGACUGUUAAAUAUUUAACAGGUUCUGAUUCAUAUACCUCAUGACAACUUGUGUCUAAUAAUAAUAAUAUAGUAGCCGUUUAGCUAGCAUAUGUAAUGAGAUAGUGUAAUUAGUGUGAAAGUAAAAAAUGUAGAAACACAAUUUAAAAAAAAAAUGUUUGUAUUGUUAAGCCCUAAUGUUUUCUUUUCAAUUGGGGACCUUUUCUUAUUUUAUAAUAAAUUUGAGAUUAUAGGAAUCUCAAUAAUCCUACCAGUAUUGGGAACUAAUAUUUAUGGGAGCUAAUUUAAUUCUUAAUGGUUUCCAUGAUAAUCCAUUUCCAAUCUCUAAAGGCAGAAAAUUUUUUUAAAAAGAUUUUCAAAAUGAAAUGGACUUUUAAAACAUUUUUAACCUCAUUUUCUCCUUCUAAUUUUAGGGGAGUUGAGCUUGGAGGAUUUCUGCUUGGAACUGGAAAAGUCUAAACCAAAGUCCAAACCAAAAUCCGAGGCCUCCACCUCUGCAACUUCAGCUCCAAAUAUUCCAGCUUUCGACCAGUUGAUAGAAGAGGGUGAUGAAGAGGAUAUGGACGAUGAGGAAGAAGAGGAUGAUGAUGAAGAAAGUGAAAUUGUUGAGGGGGAGGAAUAUGCAGACAAAAAUGAUGAGGAAUGGGUACCUAAGAUUAGGGGAUCUAAACAAGAAAAAGAUAAAGGUAAAAAUGUUGAGUCUAUAUUGUAUAUUAUUUAUUAUUGUGUGCACAGAAGUAGAUGACUGAGGAGGGUGGGGGUGGUUGAAGGGUGCUGCUAUUAUAUCAACUGCUUUAACGCCUAGUCAUUAUUAUUGCUUUUCUGUUUUAUCUUAAACAUUCUUGAGGAAUAGAAAAUUAACUAAGAAUUAGUGAUGAGAUAUUUAAAAGCAAAUAAUGACAUUAUAUGCAUUCUGUUAAUAUUUUUAUAAAAUUAUAAAAUCCUAUACUUCUCGCUUUAUGGAAGUUAACCCUUUUUUUAUUGACAGGCAAAAAGGGAAAGAGUAAAGAUUCUAAAGGAGACAAGAAAAACCAAACUCUUGGAGAGGUUAAAAAGAAACGAAAAAAGGUAUUUCAUUCAUAAGACAUUGUGCAUUUUUCAAUAUGUAGGUCUAUUUAACUGACACUUGACAAAAAAUUUAGACCAUUUUCUCACUUAGUCUCUUUUGAGAACAAAAACACUAUCAGUGUUAAUUAACAUUUUGAAGCCGGUAACAAAUGACUUGAUUGUGUUUCAACUGUAGGUAAAUGGUUUGUGCAUUUUGAGAGUGAGAUUUGAUGAUGGAUGCAUCAGACUUUGAUAAUUGUUUGAAGGAUGCUUUUUUUAGCAUGUUUAUUAAACAUUUAAAAAUUUCAAAUAAUUUCAGGGACUUAAUAAUUCUGUCUCUUUUACUUUUUUUUUUUUUUUUUUUUUUUUAUUUUCAUAAAAAUAAGAAACGAAAACAAUUUGAUUUGCCCAAGGAGAUGGCAGGUUUGAUUGGUCAGGCAAUUUUGAUGAGGGCACAAGGAAAAACUGAUGAGGCUGUCGGCCUUUUAUAUGACAUUAUAAACAGAGGUAGGUCAGAUAGGAAUUAAGCUUAAAAGACAUCAAUAGUUUAUUGCAUUCUCCUGAGAUAAUAAGUUCCAAUUAAGCUUAGAUUAGUGCAGCAGAGAGAUAUAAAAAAAUCACUUUAGCACAUCAUUGUUUCAGCUCUUAUGUAAUGUGAAUGUUAAUAUGGCUAAAUGUAUAAACAUGUGUAAGGAUUUUACAGGUUCUUGUUGAGACGUUUUUGUAAUGAUGAUUGACUUAUCAUAGCGUUGCAUUGUUAAAUGGAUCCUGAAGGAUGUUUUAAAGUGGUACACAAAAAUUUUGUUUUAAUAUAUUGUUUUUUUUUAACAUAAAUUUUCAGAUUAAAAUUUUAAUGUUAAGUUAUUUCUUUAUGUUGAAAUAAUGAUUUGCUUAUAAUUUUUAUAAAGACUUUUAUAAUUUUGUUUAAAAAAUAAAUUACACUUCAGUACAAUGUUGGUUUUAGAACUAUGGACUCUUGGGCAUAUGCUAAUAAUUCUAAUGUGACCAGUGUAUACACAGCUAUGUUAAGCUUCAAACUGGGCUUUUAAAAUUAAAUUAUUAUUAUUUUCUUUUGUGAGACUGAAAAUGUUGAAUGUAGAAAAGGUGUUGAUGGUAGAGCAGCUUAAAAUGUGGUUUUACCAUGUACUGAUUAUUUAUGCUCAUCACUUGUGUUUCCUUAUUAUGUUUACAUUCAGCCAACAUGUUGUACAUUGUAUUACCACAGCUCCAAAAGCUGCACUCCCGUACCAUACGUUGGGCAGCAUACACGAGGAGAAAGGGGAUUUGCAACAAGCCCUCAAGGUAUAAGACCCUCUCAUUUCAUUUCAUGACGUUCAAAAGGCAUUAAUAUUAGGGCUGUACUUUUAUUUUUUAAGAUUGUUGCCCAGUAGUGGUAGUGGCUUUUUUUUUUGAUGUAGUUACAUCCUGCCUUCUGUUUCUCAUGGCAGAAAUGUUUCAAUGAUUUAAAGUCCUAUUAUUUUUGUCAGUUUUAUAUGGUGGCUGCCAACCUCAGAGGUUCACAUGCCACUGAGUGGAUGCACCUUGCUGAGAUGUGCAUUAGCCUCAACGAUGAAAAGCUGGCCGUCAUAUGUUUUUCCAGAGGUAAGUUUUGUUUGCUUUUUCCAUUACCUAACAACAUAGAUGGACUGCGUCAUUCGCUCUAACAAAAGACUGAGAGGAGAUUUUGAUCCCAUUAAUUAACCCCGUUUAAAAAAGGUAUUACGGGUUCUGUGUUAUAUCCUUUCAUCUUUUGUUUAUUAUCACUUGUCAGCAAAGGCAAUAGAAAGUUGUCUUCAAGUCAUAAAAAUGUGACCUAUUUGUUGAUGACAUAGUGGCCAGUAUUUUUUGUUUUUCUUCCAAGAUAGGGCAAACCUUGCAUGUUAAGCUUGAAAUAAUAAUAUUUAAAAAUCAUAGCAUUUUGCCAGGACCAAAAUAUCUUUUUAUUCCAUUAACUGUAGUUUAAAUUAACAUUUUUACCUUCAGCCAUGAAGAAUGCUACAACCAAUCUUGGGAAGCUGGAGGUUCUGACAAGGAAAUGUGACUUCUUUGAACAAUAUCCCGUCAAGGUUCUUCAGUGCAGGGAACAGAUGUUACAGUUCAUGGACAAAACAAGCCCAAGCACAAUACUCACUUUAGCCAGAAACAUAGCCAAUGUUAGUGUGAGCUUCUUGUGUUCACAAAGAUUUUCUUUCAGCUUAAUACAUUUUAUGUGUUGUUGUUUUUGGUUAAUUGGCAAAAUGUUUUGGUUAGCUCGGCAAAAUGUUUUGGUUAAGUUGGCAAAAUGUUUUGGUUAACUUGGCAAAAUGUUUUGGUUAACUUAGCUGGGGGAUUAAUUUACCCGUCAAAACUUUAUUUUCAGAAAAAUUCUAUACAUUUUACAUAUGAUUGUGAUUAAUCAGUUUAUGAAGAGUGAUUGGAUGUUUGAUUAAAUAUUUUUUGAAAUGUAAAUCUUAAAAGAGCUCAGAUUCUACAUUUCUUUGAAUAUAUUGACAGGACUACAUGGAGUUGAAGGAGGAAGAUGGGGCCAUUUCUGUCUUACAGUACAUUCACAAGGAGUUUCCAAAUGAAAUUGACUCUGAAGGUGCUUACCCUUGUUAUUUUUUUUUCUAAAUUUUGGAAGUUGGUGAUGCAUGUAUGUGUGUGAGUGUGUUGCUUGGGGAACCAUCAUUCAGAAAUCUAUCUGUUGUGUCAAACGAAAUCAAUCAUGAACACCCUAGCACUUCUUUAGGCGUAAUGGUUUUUUUUUACUGGUCAGUUGGUUUUACAAUUUUAUGUAAUUUCUUUUUUAAUAUGUGAAAAAAUAUUUUCUACUUUCUUUGUUUUCUUUAGAUGUUCACAAUUUGGCUGAACUUCUGAUGUCACAGAAAAGUUAUGAAAAAAGUUUAGAGGUAGUUUGAAAUAUGGGCUAAUGUUGUAAUUAUUUUUUAGGCAAUUUAUAAACGGUGACUGCAAAAAACAUGUUUUGUUUUUAAUGUUUUUAGAUUUGUGAAAUAAUUUUUGUUUACUUAUUUGGUCAGAUAAUUAUUCGUCACUGUGGAGUUGAGAUCACAUUCCAGGGGUGCUCACCUGCAGCUGAGGAGUUGUUGACUCGAAUUGAGAAGUUUGCAAACAAGGAAAUCACGUUAGAUAGGUCAGUUUUGUUAUGAUAAGUGAUUUGAUUGACUAUAAAACUUUAAUGUAACAAAACUUUUAAAAAAAAAAUUAAGUCUGAGGUGGAAAAUAAAUGAUGUUAACAUAAAAUUUAAAUGAUGUUAACAUAAAAUUUAAAUGAUGUUAACAUAAUAUUUAAAUGUUAACAUAAAAUUUAAAUGAUGUUAACAAAACGAAUGUUCAAUACACUAAAAAAAAAAACAAUAAAAAAAACACAAAUGUAAUUCUAUCUUGGCUUUAAACAAAAUUGAAUACCAUUUUUUUAAAAUGUAUAUUUACAUGAUUUUUAUUUUGUAUUUUCCCUAGUCUGAAAUUUCCAGUCUUGAUGCCGAUUGAUCUGAAAUCAAAACUUGUCCAGUGUCUGUUAUUCACCAAAGCUUUGUCCACAUUACAUGUUAUUGAGGUAAGUAUAACUGACCUAUGUCAGCUCCUCAAAUAUCAACUUUUAUAACAUUAAAUUCACUUGCCCAGAGUACUUAAAUACUCUGGAAAAUGUAUUGGUGGACCUUUGUUGCCGCUGUAGUGCAACUGAUUCAUAUCCAGUAGAAAGCUGGUUUGAACAUCUGUAGAAUGGACUGGUCCACAAUGCAGUAGUUUGUGGGGGAGUGGGAAAACAAUGACUAAACAGACUCAAACCACAAAAAGUCAGAAGAAAGCAUCCUACUUGGAUUAGUCUUUAAAAGUCAUCUUGUCUAUGGCUGUUUUGUGCAAUGGUUUACAAAUCUACGUUUAAACAAAAGUAUUGUUGUGUUUGUUUAAGAAUAGGAAAGAAAGUGUGUUUAAUUAUCUUGAAUAAUAUUACUUUUUUUUUACAAAUUUCACAAUAGGAUUUAAUCAAGAGCUUGCUUGAUACUGAUGUUGAGCAGUAUGGGGACAUACACUACGAUAUAGCUGAGACCAUGGUGGAGUGUGGCUACCCGGAGGAUGCCAGGCCUAUUCUUAAUUCACUGGUCCAUUCAGAGAAAUAUAGCAAGGUAGGAACAUUGAUCAGCUGAGAUAUUUUUGGCUUGGUUUUUAUGGUCCAAGUUACCUUACAAAGAAUUCCAUUGUAAGGUACAAGACUUUACGCUGUAUGGAAAUUUUGACUUGUACAUUUUUUAUUAGUUCAGUUGUCUGUUUUGCCCAAGUUAUAUUCAUAAAGUGAAUUCUGGCACCCAUCUGGAAUUUUCAAACUUGUUGUAGGCUGCAGUGUGGCUGACCUAUGGUCAGUGUUUGAAUGCCCUGGGAGACAUAAAAGCUGCUGCUGAAGCCUACACACAGGUAGUGGAAAUGGCACCUGGACAUUAUGGGGCAAGACUUAUUCUUUCAUCACUGCUGCAACAGAUGGGACAAAAUGAAGUUGCCCUUGAGGUACUGUCUAAAGGUAAGUUUACAUUUUUUGUUUUUGAUUUCUCUUCAAAAAAUUUUUUUAAACAGAAUUCCCAUUUAAAUAAUAAAUGUUUAAAAAAACUCAGUUUCUGUAAAGCCGCCCUAAUGAUAUUAAGUGUAUUUCCAUCUGCUUCCUUUGAAAGGCCCGGCAGAAGAAGGGGAAGCCACCGCUGACCAGCUGUUGUUGAUACACAAGUGUCAGCUGCUCCACUCCCAGGGCAAGAUGGAUGAGUUCAUAGACACUGCCAGAAAACUCUUGUCCUAUCAUUUCCCUGGGCUGCUGAAACCUGACUUAAUCAAAGGUCUGUGGUCAAGAUCAGAAACAAAUAUAUGCCCAGAUAUAUUGCUGAAAAAUGUUAUUGUUGCCGACUGCUUGUUUUUAUUUUGUUUGUUUGUUAUUUCAAAUUAGAGUUUGCACAAUUUAAAUCAUGAUAAGAAAACAUUACACAAUUGAUAUUUUAUUAAUUUGAAGGUGUUUUUUAUGUGGAUAAAUAAAACAAAGAGUUUGUAAAAUUUAUUCUUACAGUCGAACCCGCUUAUCUCGACCUCGGUUAACUUGCCAACCCUGUUAAGUCAAUGUUUUUGAAGUGGAACCUCCAAGAUCUCUCUUUGUCUUGGCAUUUUCUUCUCCGUUAUGUCGAUUCUUUUAUGUCGCCGAACCCUGAUAUCUCAAGCACAAAAGGCGGCCAAAUUUGCCACUUAACCUCAGUUAUUUCGAUCCCAAUGACCGAUCGCCGGCUUUUGAAAAUUAUAUACAACAGAAACGUGCCUACUUCAAACUGUAGUAAUUGAAAUGAAAUGACAAUCUAGUUGUCCAUACAGUUAACUUAACAGCAAAAAGCGAGGAGUGAGAGGCUUGCAAACAAAAGAGAGAGGUCGCAGUACCUGUUCUUUUUAUAGCAACCCGCUUGUCUCUUAAUAUAGGCUUUCAUGCAUUCUUACGGGUUAAUUUUUUUUUAAAACCCAGAAUACAUAUUUGAAUAAACUGAGCUGGCGAAUCCGGAGCAAGAGAAAAUAAAAUCUCGCGAAUCUGGAGCUGAAAAAUAUUUGGUCUCACGAAACCGGAAUUCCGGGAAAAUCCAGAAAAGUGGCACCCCAUUUAUGCCUUGUGCUGUUAGCAAUUAUGUCCAUUUUUAUAGCAUGCCGAUCGCAUCAUCAAACAAAUCGCGGUAACGCUUUUGUGUAAGAAAAAAAAACUCCCAAAACAUAUGCAUGUACAUCUCAUUUAUAAACGCACAUCAUGUAAAUAAAGAAAUUUCAAGCACAUGUUAACAUAUUGCCACCAUAUUGGUUUUUGUUCAUCUUGAUCAUCGGUUAUCUCUGCGCUUUUUGGCAAACCCCAAGGCCUUCGACAUCAUCGGGUUCGACUGUAAUUGUUUUUUUAAAUCAUUAUUUUUCUGAUGAAGAGAGGCUGUGUUUUUAAAAAAAACUGAUUGUAAUCUUAUAAGGUUGUUCGUUUAAAGAGUUUUUCUUUAAAUUUUGGGUUUACAAGAACUUUGUCUGCUGCAUGGGUUGAUGUUUUUCUUCUCUCUCUGUUUCAGUUUUGCUGGGGAUGAGAACCACUAAAAGUAGAAGGAAUAUUUUACCACAGAUGACAGGCAACGCUAAGAAAUCAACCAAAGGUAUAGUAAUAGAAAAUAGUACCAACAGUACAAAGUCAUAUAAAAGUAUCAUCUGCACAUAUGGGCACACGGCAGUUUUGUUAAUCUGCCAUGGAAGGUAUUGCUCUACCAGUCAAAGUGUGCCAGCAGCCGAUGCCGUUCCACUGUUUGAUAGGACUUCUUCAUUGUUUUGUGAUCAAGGUACCUGACCCUCAUCAUUUACAUGCAUAUUUAAGGAAAUACUUUCAAUUUCUUGGCUGUAAUGUUUAUCAUUUACCAUCUCUUACUGGGAUAAAUACCAGUCGGAAUGAGAAUGCUGGCAACCAUGGGAGAUAUACUGUACCAAAGAGAUGUACCUUGCAACAAACACAUUUUGUGCUGACCAAAAAGAUGUACUGUACAAAAUUCAUAGUCUGCUGACGAAAGAGAUGUACUGUACAAGAUUCAAAUUGUGCUCACCAAACUGUACACUAAAGUAUAUUUAAAAUCCUCCCAACUUAACUCCACACUUUCUUUCAAUGUCUCAUUCAUUGGAGACUGUGUUGCCAAUUUAUAUGAAUUUAUUGGCCUGUGCUCACUGCCUCCUAUAGUUAUCUGGUUGUGAUAUUAUUAGUCUUUAAGUUCAAUUAACACCAUUUAAGCAUCUAAAUAUUCUACUCGUUCAUCUGAUGCUAUCAGGUUGUCUCCAUUCUCCCUCUUUGACAUCAAAUUUAUGUUUCUUCUAAGACAAGCCUUCAGAGACAGAGACAUCGGAGAAUAAAACUUUUAAAGAAGGGGAGGCGAAAAAAUUUCGUGCCACAUUGUGGGAUGUCUAUGUGAAGGUGAGUAAAGGAAUUUACUGUUGGUCUAGUUUUCUGGCGUUCUAAAUAUUUGUUUAGUUGCACCACUCAAAAAUUUCAAGUACCACCACGUGCAUGUGAAGUCAGUCAACUUUAAAAAAAAAUUUUUACGAUGUCAUUUUGUUUACAUCUCCGUGUACCACAUGGAACAACCUAAAAUACAGUUAGUGAAUGUUAGGUCCAGUUCAUUCUUUGUGAAAUAUGAUUGUUCUUUUGAAGGCAUCUGUGAUGUUUGCCUCUCUUAUCCAUGAUACUUUAAUGCAAUUAUAUACAGUUGCCCCUCAUUUAUUGUAAUUAAUCAGUUCCCAACUCUACCACGACAAGCAUAUUUCUGUAAAGAGUAAUUCUUUAUUUAUUAUUUGAAUAUUUUCGUAGUUAGAACAUAGAAAACCUGUUCACGACCACCUAAAUAUGGUUUUUAACAUUAUGAGACCCUUUGUGGGUGCUUGAAUACAUUGGCCUAGUUCAUGCAUACAGAAAAUUUAAUUGCAAUACAGGGGUGUAUGAUUAACUCAAAAAUCUGAACGUGCACCUAUCAUUUUCACUAUUGCGAUCUAUGUAAUGAAUACAUGUUAUAUAUGAGAAAACCUAAAUAGAGUAAAGCUGCCCUAUGCUGCCUUCAAACCUCAGGGCACCUGCCCUAUGCUGACUUCAAACCUCAGGGCACCUGCCCUAUGCUGCCUUCAAACCUCAGGGCACCUGCCCUAUGCUGCCUUCAAACCUCAGGGCACCUGCCCUAUGCUGACUUCAAACUUCAGGGCACCUGCCCUAUGCUACCCACUCCUAUGUAAACCCAGCUGUUGACUCAACAAAUAAGUAAAAGCCAUUAAGAAAACUAUGAAGAUAUUCAAGUAAACUUUUAACUUUGACUAAAAGUAUGUACAAAAAAACCAACUCAUGAUGUCAUGAAAGUUAUUUGUCCUAACAGGUGUUGAAUUUUGAUGUGACUAGAAAUAGGCCGAACUUCCCAUCCUCCUAAAGUUACUUGACAAAAUAUGCAUUCAAGUGACCCACUUUAUAAGAAUCUGAGCCAGUGCUAACUUCUAGGAAUUUUAUUGUGCUAACAUAUUCAAAUUAGUGUUGCAGUCAUACUACCGAGAGUAAUUAUUUUUGAUUCUAUAAGAAGGAACCCAUAUGUUUUUUUUAAUGUGUUUUUCCAUUCCAGGCUUGCAAAGCCAUGCAUGACAAAGGAAUGACAAGUGAACUGCUAGAGACAGCCUCUCUGGGUCUGGUCUGCCCGAUUUUCUCUUAUGAUCAAACAAUGGUCAAGGUAAUUAUUAACUAACAAACGUUUAAACAUAUCCACAAGCAUGUUUCUGUAAAUAUUUACCAGCAUUGUUUGCAGAAGGGGAAAAUUCACUUCGAAUGAAUCAUGGGAAUGUUCACAAAUAUAUUUUUACACACACACAAAUACCUAAGAAUUUUCCAUGUGUCCAACAAAAAUAUUUGAAAUUCUAAGAGAAUGUUGGAUUAUUUUUUUAAUUUAGAAAUUCAUUGUAACCAAUGAUAAAAAAUAAUUACAUAAAAAAUAAAAAAAAUUAUUAGAAGGUCCAAAUAAGGACAAGUAUGAAAAUUGGUGAUAAUUCAGGUAAAAAAUUAGAAUGACCAGAAUACAAUCAUUAAUUACUUAAGUUUGCUCAGACAGGAGCAAAGAAUUGCAAUAUAUUAUAUUUUAUCUUGCAGGAUGCAGAGUUUUUAUGUUUAAAAAUGUGUCCAGUUGGGAUGAAUAUCUACCACCUGGCAAGGGGUUUGAUGGUUGAAGUAAGUAUUUGACAAGUACAGCUUGUUUUUUUAAUAAGAACAUCUCAGGUGUUGUAUUAUAGUGAAUACAUCUUGGGCCAAUACAAAUUCACAAUAUAAAAAAAUGUUAUAUAAUAAAAUGACAUAAAAUUAAAUUUUACAGGUCUGUUCUAUGACAUAUCCUUAAAUCAGCAGCAUUAUGAUCCUUCUAGAACAGUGGUCCUCAAACGUUUUUCAGCCAAAGCCCCUGGCUCACCCCAAUUAUAAGAAUCAUAUAUUUUUCAAAAACAUAAUAAAAAUUAAAAGUGUUACAUAUAUAUAUAUAUUAAUAACAUAAGGUACUUAGCAUAACUUUUUAAAUAGAUGGCUUUUGUUUCUCUUUCGUCAGGAAAAAGACAAUCCACAAGCCUGGAACUUGUACUGCUAUGUGGUCACUCGUCUCAAGGAGGUCACUGACCUGCGAUAUGCUGUCAGAGGACUUAUGAAGGUAGGAAGUACUUGUCUUAUUUAGAAACCUUGUACGGUGAAUCUGGUGCCCAGCUGUAGGGGGCAGAUCUGUGGGUGGCUGAAGACCCUAGAUGUUAUGUAUGGUGUAGGGUUGGAGGUUAUGUAUGGUGUAGGGUUGGAGCUAAUGUAUGGUGCAGGGUUGGAGCUAAUGUACGGUGCAGGGUUGGAGGUUAUGUACAGUGCAGGGUUGGAGGUUAUGUAUGGUGUAGGGCUGGAGCUAAUGUAUGGUGCAGGGUUGGAGGUUAUGUACGGUGCAAGGUUGGAGUUUAUGUACGGUGCAGGGUUGGAGGUUAUGUAUGGUGUAGGGUUGGAGCUAAUGUAUGGUGCAGGGUUGGAGGUUAUGUAUGGUGUAGGGUUGGAGGUUAUGUAUGGUGUAGGGUUGGGGUUGGAGUUAAAACAACAUUUUGAAAAAAAAAGUCACUGUUAUAAUUUAAUAAUUAUGUUUCAGAAUCCCAAUAGCUUGGCUCUCGGAAUGCUUAAUGGAAAUUCCCGAUUGAUUUCAGGAACGUAUAAACAGGCUCUGGGUAAAUUUAUUAGUGGAAUGUUUAUCAUGUCUUUAUGGCACACUGGGGACUUGUAACUUGGCCCUAGGGCUUCCAGAAGAAAAAAAAGUCAGCAUUGCGAAUGAGGCCAUUUUUUUUUUCAUAUGUAUGACCAGUUCAUGACACAUGGCCGCCAGGGUUUAUAAACUUACCGUCCAACCAACCACACAACAUAGGCAUGUGGCCAAUCAAAUAGAGUUUUCUCUUAAGUUUGUUAGCCUUGGAGGAAUCAGUGUCCAUCACCAUGCAUUAAUUUUAUAAUUGCUGACCAUGAAACUUACAAUGUGGGACAUGCACAAACUUUUUAAGAAUUUCAACAAAUCUUUCAUUUGAAUCUAACAAAGAGAUAAGCUGCUUGCAUCUAGUCUGUGAUAUCAAAAAUGACAUCAGGCAUCACACAUCAGGCAUCACACAUCAGACAUCACUCAUCAGAGAUCAGACAUUCGAUAAUUAAGUUCAUUUCUUUAACGCAGGAGAGUACCUGUCAGUGUUUCGAAGAACUCCGGACAAUGACAUGGCCCUCCUGUGCUCAGCCCUGUGCCUGGCCCACAUCGCGUCCCAGUCCUUCACCAGCAGGAAGAAUCCACACAUAAUACAAGUAAAUAAUGGCUUCAUUAGCAUUAGGCAUACCAUAAUACAAGUAAAUAAUGGCUUCAUUAGCAUUAGACAUACCAUAAUACAAGUAAAUAAUGGCUUCAUUAGCAUUAGACAUACCAUAAUACACGUAAAUAAUGGCUUCAUUAGCAUUAGACAUACCAUAAUACAAGUAAAUAAUGGCUUUAUUAGCAUUUAGAGGCCGACCGAAAGUGAUUUUCUGAUUUCGGCCGAAGCCGAAAGUUUAAAAUGACUUUCGGCCGAAACCGAAAAAAUACCGAAAGUUUAAAAAUGACUUUCGGCCGAAACCGAAAAAAGGCCGAAAGUUAAACAUGAAUUUCGGCCGAAACCGAAAAUGAAAUAUUAAGAUAUUUUGAAAUUCGUUCCCGCAUACAUUCUGCAUACAUCGAAAAUGAUGUGGGAAAGUAUAAAUAUUUACAUUCUUUUUAUAAAAAAUGGGAUAAUCGUGAAUAUUAAUAAAUAAACAUCUAAUAUAGGGGUUUCAAACUCGCGGCCCGCGAGCCAUUUGUGACCCGCAAGACGAUAUUUUGCGGCCCCUACAUGACAGAAAAGUUUAGUGUUAAUGCGUGGCCCGUUUCCCCCAUUCUCAUAGCUAUAACGUGACUCUCCGCGACGGUUUCAGUGGAAUCUCACCGACUAGUCGAAUUCUAAAUUUUAAAAAAAAAUAAUGUUUCUAUAUAUUUUUGUAUGCAACAGUGAGUAGGUAGAUGAAAGUGAAUCCUAGUUCUUGAGAACCCUUAAAGAUUUUAUUGUUAUUCAUAAAGGUUGAGCAGAUUGUAACAGUUGUAAUCGCUUUUUUGUGGAUUACUUGAUGCAGCCCACUCUCAUUCAGACACAACCUCCUGCGGCCCCCUGAUGAUUUGAGUUUGAGACCCUUGAUCUAAUGAAUACUUUGGAUUUUACCAUUUUAAUAUAAAAUUAAUUUCAAUUGCUUUACAAUUUUUUUAAUUAGUAUGGUAGGAGAAAAUUUGGCAAAAAUGGGGUGGGGGGGGGGGGAAUUAAUGCAAAAUAUUUUUUUAAACCGGGUCUCUAAAAAUUGUUGUUUUGAUAUGGUUUUAAAAGAGCGCUUAAAUUUUUUUGAAAGGUCGCUUUAUUUGUUUUUUAUAUGGUUCUAAAAGAGCGCUUAAAUUGUUCUGAAAGGUCGCUUUAAUUGUUUUUAAUGAUGGUUUAGUUUGUUGUUAAAGAUCGUUAGUUGCUUGUUAUUGAUCGCUUAGUUUGUUCGAAAAUAUCGCUUAGUUGUUGCUAAAGAUCGUUUAUUUUGUUCUCAAAGAUCGCUUAGUUUUUGUUAAAGAUCGUCCAGUUUUUGUUAAUUAUCGCAUUAUUUUUUCUUAAAGAUCGUUCAGUUUGUUCUUAAAGAUCACUUAGUUUGUUGUUAAAGAUCGCUUAGUUUUUUCAUAAAGAUCCCUUAGUUUGUUCUUAAAGAUAAUUGAUUUUUUUCCUUAAGAUUGAUUAGUUUGUUCUUAAAGAUCUUUUAGUUUUCUGUUAAAGAUCGCUUAGUUUGUUGUUAAAGAUUGCUUAGUUUUUUCAUAAAGAUCGCUUAGUUUGUUUUUAAAGAUAAUUAAUUUUUUUUCCUUAAGAUCGAUUAGUUUGUUCUUAAAGAUCUUUUAGUUUUUCCUAAAGAGCAUUUAGUUUUCUGUUAAAGACAGCUUAGUUUAUUCUUAUAAAUCAUGUAGUUUACUAUUAAAGAUCAUUUGUUUUGUUCUUAAAGAUCAUUUAGUUCAGUCUUAAAAAUCGUUUAGUUUGUUAUUUAAGAUCGUUUAGUUUGUUCUUAAAUGUCGCUUAGUUUGUUGUUAAAUAUCGUUUGUUCUCAAAGAUCGCUUAAUUUGUUCUUAAAUGUCGCUUAGUUUGUUGUUAAAUAUUGUUUUCACUGAGUAUUAGAUGACCGAGAACCUGAGUCACUUUCGGCCGGAUGGCCGAAAGUCUAAGUCAAUUUCGGCCAAAACCGAAGAAAAACCGAAAGUUAAAUUUUCUUUUUCAGCCGCAACCGAAAUUAAGCCGAAAGUUAACUUUUCAGUUUCGACCGAAACUUGGCCGAAAGUCAUAAAAUGGCCACUUUCGGCGCCGAAACCGAAGCCGAAAUUCGGUCGGUCUCUAUUAGCAUUAGACAUACCAUAAUACAAGUGAAUAAUGGCUUUAUUAUUAUUAGAGUUAGACUUACUAAAAAUGAUCCAUGAAAAUAAUAGACUUGGUUGACUCAAGGAAAUACCUUUACUUUAAGUAUAUUUUGAAGAUAUGCCCAAAAUUGACCAAAAUAUUCUCAGACUUUCAUAUCUGUCUUCCAUAUCUUGAGGCUUUGAAUGAAAUGUUGUUUUUUCUGUCACAAGCUGUGGGCAAAUUGCGUAGUAAACCACACAACGAUAUUCAAACACUGCACUCAAUGUCAGUUUGAUACUUCUGCGUGACACCAAUCACUUCAUGGUCCAGAGAAAGAAAGCUUGGAAGGCCACAACGUUUUAGAUUCCCACUCAGGGAAAUUGAUUCCAAUUCAGAAAGACAUUGAUUGUGGGCCUUGGACUUUAAAACAUAUCGUAUUCAGGGAAUUCCACGCGGUGGGUUUAUGUAGACGAACCUAAGGGGCUAUGAAUAAUUAUGCAUUAUUGCCAUUUGGUAAUGAUUGGCUGAAAUUCCAAGCUAUUGCCUCAUCAGGUUAUUUGCUUGAUGAAUGCCUACAAGGAGAUGCGUGGAGAAUGCCAGGAGACCUACUACAACUUCGGGAGAAUCCUACAUCAGCUCAGUGAGUUAUCUUAGUCUUCAAGUUCAGUCAACCAGUGUGUUUAAAGAUUGGUCUGUUAUAAGAUUGGAGAUUGGUCUGUUUAAAGAUCAGUCUGUUUAAAGAUCUGUCUGUUUAAAGAUUGGUCUGUUUCAAGAUCAGUCUGUUUAAAAUUCGGUCUGUUUAAAGAUUGGUCUGUUUAAAGAUAAGUCUAUUUAAGAGAUCUGUCUGUUUAAAGAUUAGCCUGUUUAAAGAUCAGUCUGUGGAAAGAUCAGUGUCUGUGGAAAGAUCAUUAUGUUUCAAGAUCAUUAUGUUUAACGAUCAGUCUGUUUCAAGAUCAGUCUGUUUAAAGAAAGUGCUCAGAAAAUAGAAAGUUUGGAAGUGUGGGAUAAAGAUUUUUAGAAAUAUUUGUUGAUGGAUGGGGUGGGAGAGUGGGCUGUGGGUGGUGGGGGGGGGGUCUGAGUUUUGUGACAAAAUCUGAGAGAAUUUGAGGAUCAAAAUUAAAGUGGCAAUAGUUACCUGACAGGUGUCUCUUGCAAUGUUAAAUGUGUCUCAUAUGUGCUUUAUGUUUCUCAGGUAAGCCUUAUUAGGAUACAACUUCUUUUUUCAGACAUUAUAUACGCAGCCAUGUUUUAUUACAAGAAAGCCUUGACCUUUCCUCCUGUUGUUGAUGAUGACCAGGUAAAUCAAUUUAUAAAUUAACAUAUCAUAAAGGUUAACAUUAGAAAAUAAAUUAUUUAUUUUAACAUAAAAUGUUAUUUUAUUUUCACUUGGUCUACAGAUUAAGAAAAACAACAAUACAUAGUUUUGGUGAAUUGACUCCCACAUCCAGCUCAAACACACACCCACACAAACCACAAACACUCAUCCCAAAACACACUCACACUCACCCCAACCACACACACACUCACCCCAACCACACAACCCAAACACACACCCCAAACACUCAUCCCAAACACACACACACUCACCCCAACCACACACACACUCUGCCCAACCACACACAGACUCACCCCAACCACACAAACACACUCAUCCCAAACACACACAGUCACUCUUAACACACACACACUCAUCCCCACCACACACACUUAUCCCAAGCACACACACACACUUAUCCCAAGCACACACACACUCACUCCAACCACACACACUCACCCCAAAGCACACACACUCACCCCAACCACACAACCCACUCACUCCAACAACACAAACUCAUCCCAACCACACAUACACUCAUCCCAACCACGCACACACUCAUCCCAACAACACACACACUCAUCCCAACAACACACACACACACUCACUCCAACCACACCCACUCACCCCAACCACACACACUCUCUCACUCAAACCACACACACUCACCCCAACCACACACAUGCAUCCCAACCACACACACUCAUCCCAAACACACACACACACUCAACCCAAACACACACACUCAUCCCAUACACACACACUUACCCUAACACACAAACACUCACCCAACCACACACACACAGUCAUCCCAACCAGACACUCAUCCCAAACACACCUACUCAACCCAACCACACACACACAGUCACCCCAACCACACACACAGUCAUCCCAACCUCAUGCACACUCAUUCCAACCACACACACACUCAUUCCAAACAUGCAAAAACACUCAUCCCAACCACACCUACUCAUGCCAACCACACACACACAGUCACCCCAACCUCACACACACUCAUUCCAACCACACACACACACUCAUUCCAACCAUGCACAAACACUCGUCCCAACCACACCUACUCAACCAAAUCACACACACACAGUCACCCCAACCUCACACACACUCAUUCCAACCAUGCACAAACACUCAUCCCAACCACACCUACUCACCCCAACCUCACACACAGUCACCGCAACCACAAACACACAGUCACCCCAACCUCACACACACUCAUUCCAACCACACACACACUCAUUCCAACCAUGCACAAACAGUCACCCCAACCUCACACACACUCAUUCCAACCUCACACACACUCAUUCCACCCACACACACACUCAUUCCAACCUCACACACACUCAUCCCAACCUCACACACCCUCAUUCCACCCACACACACACUCAUCCCAACCACACACUCUCACACACACUCAUUCCAACCUCACACACACUCAUUCCAACCUCACACACACUCAUUCCAACCUCACACACACUCAUUCCAACCUCACACACACUCAUUCCAACCUCACACACACUCAUUCCAACCACACACAUGCUCACCCCAACCACACACCAACCGAACCCAUACACAGGCCAGUGUUGCCAAUUAAACAAAUGAUUAUUUGCUGACAAAUUUUUUAAGACACUUUUUGAAAUAACUGAGUAAAAAAAAAAUAUUUCAAAAUUUUUUUACCGACAUCUCAAAGUUUUUUUUAUUGACACCCCAUGUUUUUUAUGUCAACUUUUUAGAGACUGAACAUUUUUUUUAUGGACAGAUGGCAAACCGGACACACACACACGCACACACACAUGCGCGCACACAACAAAUAAGCAUUAUAAGUUUGAUGGUCAGCAAAGUUAUUAUUUGAUACUACACAAACAAUUCAGGGAACAAAGUUAGUAUUUGGUACUACACAAACAAUUCAGGGAACAAAGUUAGUAUUUGGUACUACUCAAAAAAUUCAGGCAACAAAGUUAGUAUUUGGUACUACACAAAAAAUUCAGGGAACAAAAGUUAGUAUUUGAUACUACACAAACAAUUAUAAAUAUUUUUUUUCCUAUUUAUCAUUAUGAAUGGUAAAAAAAAUUGUUUUUAACAGGGGACCUUUGACCUGAGCCGUGAGAUUGCCUACAGUUUGGCCCUCAUCUACAACAAAUCUGGCAACCCAGACAUGGCCAGUUAUUACCUGGAGAAAUACUGUACUAUAUAAACGAAGUUAUGUAGAGUGCUAGGGUUGUAUGGAGAAGUGUAAGUGGAUGUGACAGGAUUGUAUGGGGAGGUGAUAGAAGUGUAAGUGGGGGUGCCAGGAUUGUAUGGGGAGGUGAUAGAAUUGUAAAUGGAGGUGCUAGAGGUGUAAGUGGAGUGCUAGGGGUGUAAUGGAGGUGCUGGGGGUGUAUGGGGAGGGGAUAGAAGUCUAAGUGGAGGUGCCAGGAUUGUAUGGGGAGGUGAUAGAAGUGUAAGUGGAUGUGCCAGGAUUGUAUGGGGAGGUGAUAGAAGUCUAAGUGGAGGUGCCAGGAUUGUAUGGGGAGGUGAUAGAAUUGUAAAUGGAGGUGCUAGAGGUGUAAGUGGAGUGCUAGGGGUGUAAUGGAGGUGCUGGGGGUGUAUGGGGAUGUGCCAGGGAUUUAUGUGGAGGUGCCAGUGGUGUACAGUGUAAGUGGAGGUACUAGGCGUGUAAGUGGAGGUACUAGGGGUGUAUGCUGAGGUUCUGGGGGUGCAUGUGGAGGUGCUAGGGGUCUAUUUUGAGGGGAUAAUGGUGAAUCUUCAAGGGAUAGAGGUGUGUGUGGAGUUGCUACCACAUGUGUGUGUGGAAAAGUAAGUGGGGACUACAAAGAUGCUGGUCCAGAAAUGUAUUGAGUUUGUC